AUGAUAGCAGAUAGCAAGUUGGCAAAGUAUUUUGCUCCUAGGGAACUUGAUUUGAGGGACUGGGACGUGAUGACUGGAAUACCACCAGACAACUUUUGCCGACUGAAUCCUGAAGUUUGCGACCCUGUUUCUGCAGGUCUCGUCAAUGAACAAGAAGUUUUGCAAUACUUCAAGCUGUAUUUCAAAAUCCGCCACCCUUCUGUGGGCAUCCUUGAUCCAGAUCUACACACGGCAGAAUAUGUGCACGGCUGUUCAUUCACAUUAUUCUCCGUCAUCUGUGCUCUAGGAUGUGAGCUCUCGUUGAGUCAUCGAGACAUUUUACUCGCACCUCUACUCUAUAAUAUGGCCGAACGAAAUAUAAAGUGGUCGAUUCUGAACUCGGUGAAGACUGUUGAGAUUAUUCAGGCUAUUAUUAUGUUUACUUUCUGGAGCCAUGCCGCUCAGAAUUACGCUGAUGAUCCUUCUUGGCUGCGUUUCGGUCAUGCCUUGUCGAUUGCCCGCGAACUGAAAAUCAAUGACUCUUCGUUCAUUCAGAAGAAAGUCAACAACUUCAACGCGUCCAAUAGAAACAUGUACGCCGGCAUCCGUGAUCGCCAGGUCCGCAACUACGAGAGAACGUGGAUCUUUGUUUUCCUUAUGGACAAAAGUUUUGGCAUCACCAUAGGUCGCGCACCCUGUGUUUCAUGGAGAGAGAUGCAGCCGGAAUUGCAUGCUUGGGCUCGUGCCACUGGCAGCGCAGCUGGCGACCUGGCCAUUACCGGGAUUGUUCAGCUACGCAUCAACUUGUUGCAAGCCUUGGAGCGACUUUUCGGAAUGCAAAAGACUCUCAGCUCUAUCGCCGAGUGGGAUAGAAGUGCAUCAUCCAAGCUUGAAGAGCUAAAGGGGACGAGUUAUUCUCGGCAAGACGGCUCUCAAUUGGAAUCAAUGUUCGCCGCUGUUUUUACCUUCGAAGUCAACCACGGCCUUUUACUAAUUAGAAACAACACAUACAAGCACUUGGUAAAGCUAAACGCUUCUCAGGACAAGAUCAAUUCUGUACUCCAUGACAUCUUUAACAUUAGCUGCGAGAUUAUCCGUCUAUUCGUGCAUGACGCAAGGCUCAGCUCUCUGGCAUCAGGCUAUCAUAAUACUCCAUUCGUCAUGAUAUCCCAUGCAGCGACAGAAGUUAUCAGGUCUUUCAAAUGUCCUGCCAUCUCGCAAGAAGCGCAAGAGCAAGCCUCGACACUGAUCCGGAACCUCGCAGAGCACUUUGGCAGAAUUGCAAACAAGCUACCAAGCACCUCUUGGGCAUCGCUCUAUCUGGAAUACAGCUUGUUUCUAGUCCGUAAGCUGGAAAAUAUCCCAUGCGUUGCGUCUAGGGGUCCGCAAGGAACUUUAGACCACCACAUGGUUCAAAACUACAACAGAAUAAGUAUCGGUCUGGAUGACGAGCCUCAAUAUUCCCCAAAUGCCUGGGACUUCAAUGGUGCAGCAUUCUUUGAGAUGGGGAACAGUUUAUGGCAGGAUAACUCUGCCAGUUUUCUGGGUGUUGAUUCCGGGCAAGGAAGUCUAUUUGGUGGAACGGGGAUAAAAGCGCUUUUCAACAAGCUACACAUCACAAAAAGCUCAUUCAACCCAACUGCUUUCAACUCUCAAAAUCUCAUUCAAAUCAUGCCCUCGUCUUCGGACAUUGUGUUGGCAUUCCCCGGCACCAACGUUGGCUGCCAGGAGAACUACCUACAAUUCCUACCCACUGAGCUGAUAAUCCGAAUUGCUGAAUAUGUCUCCGAAGACCUGGUUGUUUCCACGGCGCAGGAUUUAUUAUCUCUAUCGCUCACCUGCAAACGAUUUAAAUUCAUUGUCAUGCCGUUUCUCUACAAGUUCAACGAGCGAAUGUCCAACAGUCCUUGCUACACCAAUAAAUACUGGUGGCACGAAGAUUUCACGUCCUCCUGCACAACCCACAAAGGUUUCCACCGUCCUGCCCUCGGAUGGGCAAUCGCGCAUGAGUCCCGGUGGACAUUAAACGCAGUUCUUACUUGGACGCCACAGCUAUAUGAUUCUUUUCACGUCAAAUAUGCAAUCGCGUGCAAAAAAUACAACAUCGCACGGAGCCUCUUGAGACUGCAGCCGGUUAUCGAUGAACUCAAGGCUGGGAUAAAACCAGACAGCCCGAUCUUUCCGGCAGUGGCAUCAGGUUGCCCACCACUAAUCAAUGAUAUCAUCCGAAUCCAAGGACUGGACUUGCAAAAGACCUCUUGUCAUGGAAGGUCAGUGCUUGACUAUGCCUGUCAAAGGGGUAACUGGGAUCUGGCACGCUGGUUUCUGGACCGCGGGGCAGAGCCUUACCUUCGUGAGGUUACAUCUCUACAAUACGCGAUUGAAUGCUCCGACGCAGAAGCCAGCUGUACCGUCGUGAAAGGGUUCCUAUCACUGAGACCCAACGUCAUAUUUAUCUCGAACGCAAAUCGGGCCGCUGUAAACCGCGAUCGUCUAGACAUUCUGGAAAUUUUCAUGGAAAGAGGCAUCAUCAUUGAAGCUUUCGAGGGUGCACCCGGCCAUCUGGGUGACCUCUUCAAGCAAGCGAUCCGCGAUGGCGCCAUAGUAAUUUUUCGAAAGCUGUUGAGUCUUUAUCCCUCCAGGCUAUUGACGGAGAGUUUUAUCUUAGAUACAAUGACAGAAAUACCUCUUCAAAAAGACGGAGACAAAGCCGUGCAGGAGGCUCAGCUGUUAAUCGACUAUGUUCGGCGGGUAACCAACAACGAUCUCUCAUUGACUUACGAAAAGAUAAAGCCUUGUCUAGCUAGUUGCAUAUAUUCCGACAAUGUCAUGCUCGCAGACUACAUUCUUGGCUUGUCUGGUCCUCUUCGGGUUGGUCAGAUACCAAAUUGCAGACAAACGCGGUUUAUUUGUCAUAGCAUCGAAAUGCUCCGGAUAUUCAUCAAACACGGUUUUGACGUCAACCAGAUCGCUAACAGAGAGACAAUGCUGCAAAAAUCUAUCAUUGACUUCACCUGGCGGGAUUCCCUUCCAUGGACCGUCAGAUAUCUCGCGUCCGUGGUCGGAAACAUAAACCAGUACAACGACUACAAGGCAACCGCUCUACACACUUGGCUUUGUUCGCUCAAAGUUACUGAAAGAUGGGGGGAAACUGAAGUCUUAGAUUUCACAGCUCACCUUCUUGACCAAGGUGCUAGCCUUUCAAUUGGUAACGCGCGAGGGAAUACGGCACUUCAUAUGGCAGCUGUGAAUACCCAUCAUGCGUCGGUGGUUCAACUUUUACUGGAACGUGGCGCAGACCUCAAUGCAAGAAACAACGCUGGUGAGACGCCACUUCAAUACGCUAGGAGACUUCUGGGCUCAAGAUAUCUUUUGAGUGAAGGGCGAGAAGUUCUUCAGUUGCUUGUGGGAUGGACGUGGGUUUUGGGCAUUCCUACGGCUAGGAAGUUGCUUGACAAGAUGCAUUAUGUAACAUAG